AUGACUAUCGUUUUCUCAAUUCUGCGAAAUAUCGCCCUCACGUUUCUUCUCUGGUUCUCGCAGGUGCUCCCGCCACCUGCGGGUGCCCUUAAUCCCCUUGCACCUCUUCCCGCGUUCGACGUCUUCGUUGUCGACCAGCAGUCCGUCUGCGUACCGUUUCUCCGCCUCUUGACUGGCACGCCCGUCGUGUUCUACUGCCACUUCCCCGACAAGCUACUGAGUGGAGGCUGGCAGAUCACCUUCGGUGACGAAGUCAACCUCUCACGAAACUCUGGUGGCCUGCUGAAGAAGGCGUAUCGCUGGCCGAUCGACACUCUUGAGGAGUGGACGACUGCGGACGUGAUCCUCGCCAACUCCAAGUUCACGUCGAGGGUGUACUCGGCGGCUUUCUCCUCCCUGAGGAAACGCCAGCCGAGCGUCGUGUAUCCUUGCAUUGACGUUGACGCGUAUCAGGGCUCCUCGGUGCGGAAGGGCAAGGCGAAGGCGGAGGACGGCGUCGACCUCGUCGUUUCCGAGCGCCCCACGGUCAUCAGUUUCAACCGCUUCGAGGCGAAGAAGAAUGUCGCUCUUGCAAUCGAGUCAUUUGCCGAUCUGAAGCACAGUGGUCUGAUCCCCGAGGGCCUUUCGCGUGACCUGCGCUUCGUUGUUGGAGGAGGGUACGACUCCGAGCAGACCGACAACGUGGAGACGCUGCGCGCGAAUCAGGCGCUGUGCGAGAAGCUGGGUCUGUCGUACCACACGCUGUGGACGACUACGGACGAGCCUGCGCCUGAAGGGACCGACGUGCUCUUCGUGCUCAACUUCAGCACGGCGCAGCGCAGUGCUCUGCUUCUGAGUCCGCACACGCUCGCGCUCCUGUACACGCCGACGAACGAGCACUUCGGCAUUGUGCCGAUCGAGGCGAUGGCAUGUGGUCUCCCCGUACUCGCAUGCAACACGGGCGGCCCAACCGAGACUGUUGUCGACUUCUGGGAAGGCGCCACGGGUUUCCUCCGUGCCCCGAAGUUUGAGGAAUGGGCGCCCGCGCUCGCACGCCUCGUCAGUCUCAGCGACGACGAGAGGAGAACUUUCAGCGCCGCCGCUAAGAAACGCGUCAGGGAACAGUUCUCCUUGGAAACCCUCGGACGGGAGAUGGACCUCGCGUGCCGCGAGGCCGUCAAGCUCGGCAACCCCCAAAUUGCCAUUGGGAACCGCCUCAUCAAGUAUGGCCUCACGCUCAUUGUCCUCUCGCUCGGCGGCCUGUUCGUCGCGCUCAAGUUCGCUAGCCCAUAG